AUGGAAGAGCGACUACGCCAGAUCGUCUGGGAGAAGCGCAAAUGGCUGAUCGGAAAGGGCAAUGCUCUACCGCCCGCUGCAAAGGGCGUCAUCUGCGACAUCGACGUGGGCAACGCGAGACCCGUCGCACAGCGCGUCAGGAAGAUCUCACCACAGUUCCGCGAGAAGCUAGCAGACUUGAUUCGGGGGCUACUUAGCGCGCGCAUGAUCCGCGCGUCGAAGUCACCGUGGGCCUCCCCAAUCGUUGUCAUCGUGAAGAAGAACGGAGUCGACAUUAGACUCUGCGUCGAUUACAGGUUGGUCAACGGGUUGACCCAGCUGAUGGUGUAUCCAAUGCCGCUGGUCACGGAUCUCUUGGAGGAUUUGGACAACUACCGGUGA